AUGAAAAGGAAAAGGGUUGAAAAGAUUGUUAGGGAUAAAAAGGUUAAGGUGAAAGGGAAAAAAGUAAUUGGAUCUCAGGAUAAAUGUAAAGAAGGGAAGGUAGGAACAGAAUUUCAAAGGUUGAGUACUCGUAUGUCUCCAAACUCAUUGUAUUUAGCAAUUAAAAGUUUGUCAAAAAAUCAGCGAGAAAUGGUAUGCAAGAUGGGUUUUGGAUCUUUUCUGGGAAUGAAGAUUGAUACACUACCCGGAAAGUUAGCAUAUUUUGUUGUAGAUAGCUUCACAACUAGUUCUUGCUCCAUAUGGGUUAAAAGUGGUGAAGUGACCAUAACAAACGAGACAGUUGAAGCUAUGUUUGGGCUUCCGAAUAAGGGUUUGGAUUUUAAGACACUGGGCGAAUGUGAUAAGAAUGAUCCAUUGCUUGAGGCUUGGAAAGCACAAUAUUGGAAGGGAAAUUAUUAUAACUAUUUGAAGGAAAACAAAUGUUGCGGAUGA